AUGGAUGUUUGCCAUUAGGUGAACAUCUAAAUAAACAACGUUUCGACUCAAUUCCAUCACAGGUUUUUUGUCUCUCAGUGUGUGUUUUUGAGGGGUGGGGCCAGCUCAACCUCCAGCACGCCGAAACGGCUCUAGAUGGAGUUGGAUGCAAACUUCUUGAGGUAGAAGCUCUCCGCAAUGACUUGGAUGCUGUCCGGAGUUUAAAAGUGGAUUUAUGUGGGACUUGCUUCAGAAUUACGCAAAAUAAACCAGGCCUCUGUCGGCUCCAUUAUAAACGCAGUUCAGUGGAAUUAGGGGAUUUAUCCUUGGGAUUUUCUAUUUAAAGUCAUUUUUUUUUGUUUCUUUUCCUUUCUCCCAUGCCCACUAUUGCUCAGAUUACGCAUUGGGACACUGAUGUAAACUGUCAUGACAUUUUAACCGAAGUCAAAGCAAGUCAAGAAGCGCUUGUCCCAUAAUAAUCCCAGUAGGCAGUCUGUUGCUCAGCCGCUGGUGUCUGCUAGCAGCGCGAGGAGAAACCCAUAUUACAGACACAUUUAGAGCCUCGCGCUCAGUGGAUCAAUAUGAGGCUCGCGAUACAUAGUAGCAGAUCUUGGCACUGACGGAUGCGUUGUCACGCGUAGGAGUCCAGAACCUCGCUCCAUCUCUCUCGUUUUUUUUCGGCACUCCCCCUCCUCCUCCCAGCAUCCCUAAUAAGACACAUGCUCCUGGGCUGGGUUGCUCACUCACGUUAGGAUCUCCUGGCUGCGACCGCCGAGAGCUUCUCUCUCCUCUCGGUUUCACCCCCGGCUUCAUGGGUUGAAGGGCAGUUUGCGUUUGUCCACAAGAUCUUAUCUCUCAUCUCGCCCAGCUCUCCGCACCCAGAACUUCAUCGUUCUCAUCUUCAUCCUCUUGAGUGCUAUGGUUUGUUCUCCGAACAUGUACGGACUCGCAGCGGCAGAGGCCUCCAGCCAAGGGCGUUGCGGCCGGCUGUAGUCGACUUCUUUCCACCUGCUACAGCGUGAAAGGGGCCCCCUCAGCUGUGAUCUGUCUGCCUGCAGGCGGGACCCAGCGUGACUGGGCAGCAGGGACUAUGCAUUUGGGACUGGUGGCGCUGGCAGUUGUCUUCCUCGGCUCCAUGGGUCACGGCGAUAACCUCAAGGCCUCCAAAGCAAGAAGACAGAGACGAAUAAGCACUGAAGUACCACCAUCGUGCUCGAAUGGCUGUGAACACUGCUCAGAGUACAACGGCUGUCUUAAAUGUCGACCCCGGCUCUUCAUCCUACUGGAGCGGAAUGACAUCCGUCAGAUAGGCAUUUGCCUCGCUGCCUGUCCUGUUGGAUAUUAUGGCAUUCGAAAUCGUGAUAUGAACAAAUGCACACAAUGUAAAAUAGAAAACUGUGAGGCAUGUUUUAGCCGAAACUUUUGCACAAAAUGUAAGGAGGGCCUGUACUCACACAGAGGGCGGUGUUUCUCCAGCUGUCCUGAAGGAUUCACUGUCAAUGGCACCAUGGAGUGUGUAGUCCAAUGUGAUCUAAGUGAGUGGAGUCCGUGGGGUCCUUGCAUGAAGAAGAACAAAACAUGUGGCUUUAAAAAGGGUAACCAGACCCGUACCAGGGAGCCCUUACAGCUUCCAAGUCCUGCCACUUCCACAGGGGCCGCUCCACCCUCGGGCUGCGUCCCAGAGACACAGACCCAAAGAUGUACCGUGCAGAAAAAGAUCCCUUGCAAAGGAGAAACUAAGAAGAAUCCGCAAAACCGUGGAGAAAAAAAUGGCAAGAACCGCGGACGAGACUCCAAAGAAAGUGGCAAAGGGGGCAACAAAAAAAAAAAGACCCCGAACCGGUCCACCACUGUCCCCACCAUUACAACGAGCAUGGUGACCUAAUCUUAUGGUGGUAUUAGGUGGGCCUAAGAAAGGAGAAUGCCUGGCCCAUCUUUGUUGGCUGAAGAUAAACAGUUUUUGAUUGUGACAAUAUCAAAAUUAUGCAAAAAAGUAAAAAAAAAAAAAAAAAAGGAAUAACGCUGCUACACGUAGAACAUGCUCAAUGAGAACUGGAGGAUUUCUGUACUGAGUAAUGAACUGUGUGAAUUAAGUAAAGUUUGAGGGAACCAAGGAGCUAGGUUGGUUAGUCUCAUGCUAUUUGGAAGCAUCCAGAAAGACUGUGCGCUGUGUGUGUGCAGGGUCAUCUUUUUGUAAGCCUUCCCACAGGAAACAACAUUGUUUGUGGUUGGCGAAAUGUUCCAUAUGUUCCUCUUUAGACCUAUUGGAAAGGCUUUUGAACUAUAGACAUCACUGCAAAUGAGGCCCGCCAUCCAAACGUUGCUUAAAGAACAUCUAAAAUGCAUUAGUAUCUCUUGUGGUUCACCUAAUCCAGCUGUAAUCACAUUCUUUUUUUCUCCAGAGUUGGAUCUCCUUAUGUUCGUGACAGGUAGCAAACAGUCUGGAGUCUGUCUGUGAGUCUGUCUCAGAGUGAAAAGUGAUUUUUUUUCUUUCUUUUUUUUUUUUAAAGUGCUUUUUUAUAUCUGUUUUUUUUUUUUCUUCUGUUGUUUAUAACAAAAGAAGGCACUGGAACUGAUAUUGUGGUUUACAGAGAGAAUGUGGAGAAAGAAGAAGUUUAAUGAUGAUGAAACUAUCCAAAAAUGCAAAAAGUGUUAUAUAUCUACAGACAAAGCACUUAUAACUUACAACUGAUGGAGUGGUUUUACUUGUUUUAGUGGUAUAUGUAAAAUAAAAGUCUUGCAAUUAGGGGAAAAUAAAUACAGUAUUUUCUGCACAGAAGAAGGCAGCAAUAAUAUGAGGAAUGUACAGUGUUGAAGUAUGUAUUUGAAAGAGUGUGUGUGUGUGUGUGUGUGUGUGUUUGUGUUUGUGUGUGUCAGAUGUGUUGUGUGUUUUUGAAUCUGUGUUCUUGUGUGCACCUUUAUGUUGUGAAGCGAGGGGAAGAGAGAGGUCAACAGAAGUCUACAGUAUUGUGUGACCAAGCUAUUGAGGAACUAAACCAGCAUAAUGCUUAAACUGCAUUGAUUAUAUGCUUUAUAGGUUUUUCAUUGCUCAGUUAUCAUGGUUCAAAUAGAUACAAUAUAUCACAUCAUUCAUAACGCUUUGCAACAUACAGUAUCAGUAUCUGAGGAAGUAAUGCUGUACAUCAUACAGUUAUCUACAUGUAGCAUCCAGUCACACUUUUCUUAGUCUGUUUGCUUUCCAUAGCUUGCUGACCAGAGCUGCAUUUUCCAAAAGCAGAAGUGGAUUGUAGAGACCACUGAUGCUUAUGGUUUUUAUGAUCUAUAAGCUUAUGAUGCUUUUGGGAAAUGCAGCCCAGAUCAGUGGGUGUUCACCAUAUACACCCCUAAUGAGAAUUAUGACACUGAAAAUGUCAGCUUCCGUUAAUCUUGAUGCAAUAUACUUAUUGUUAUUGUAUAUCUAUUUCUAUAAAAGUCUACAAGGUAAAUAAACAUCUAAAUAAACAUUA